AUGGGAGGUAGACCGACAAAAAGUACAUAUAAAACACAGCCGGGUGGAUGGCUGACUACCAGGACUCCAGAGGAAAACCAGGAGCCGUCUUCAGAAACCCUGGGCACAAAGGAAACCGCGGCACUGCCCCCACGGAAUGUUAAAAAUAAUAAACGUUCCCUGUAUACACUGGAACCUGGCUAUCCCACACCGGGGCCACCUCCCAACAACCUCCCCGGUAUCCUCAGUGUAACAGACUUCACAAUGCCCAACACAGUCGCUAAAGAGGUGACGGCAGACUCGUGUAACACCAUGGAAGAGCUGGUGGACGAGUUAACAGGUCAUUUUAAUAUGGACAUCCUCAAGGUGAGGGCCAUAUUCAUGUGGGUCGGCACACAACCUUUCACCGUACAGGAGUAUCCUGCUGACGCGGACCCAGAGUCACCCACUGGUUACCUCCGACGGAUGGCUCUUGGGAAAAUGUCCUAUGCUGAGAUCUUUACAGUAAUGUGUCGGCUAGCGAAGGUGCCGUGUGUGAUGAUACCCGGGGUAGCCAAGUCCUCAGCAUACGAAGUAGGUGACGAUAAUGUAGACAGACUAAGGAAUGUGUGGAAUGCGGUAUAUGUAGCAGGUGGUUGGAGGAUAGUGUUCCUACUAUGGGCCUUCCGGUCUAUUGCUGGCAAAAGCACAGGAGUAGUACCUUUUGCUGAUCCAACAAGCGAUGAUUACAAGAACCAGGAAAGGAUUCUCAAGGAAAAGAUCAUAUCCACAGUAAAGGAAUACUACUUCCUCACCAGUCCUGAAGAGUUCAUCUACAGAUGUCUGCCAGCUGAGGAAAAAUGGCAGAUGUCUGCAAAAAAGUUCACAAAGGCAAAGUUUAUCAAAGUUCCGUAUUUACGUCCAAAGUUUUUCGAACUCAAUCUGCAAUUAUCGAGUGCCCCUGAAGGUGUUUUGACAACAGACAAUGGGGUGAGUGAAGUAGUGCUAAAGUAUGGUGCUGGUCCUGUAGCUUUGAUACAUGACCUUCUCUAUAACGAACGUCAGUCAAAACAGAAACUUCCUCCUGGUGUCCAGCUCCCGCGAUAUUGUGUUAUCAUUAACGAGGGCGACAAAGUACGUUUUAGCAUGCGUUUUCCAUUUACCGGUAGCGACACUUGA